AUGCGAGAGAUCAAGGAGAUGCUUGGUCUCUUCCAGCGCUAUGAGUGCUUCGAGCAGGCAGGUUUUGUCGCGGCUCUUCUCGCUCAAGCGGAUGGCCAGUCCCCACCGUACCCCGUGGUCCGAGCUUUUUUUGAAGACCAGGUUCAACGUUGCAGCUCAGUUGCAGGGUCUCCACUUGCAGCUCGAUUCAUUUCUGGUGUGCAGGUCUAUGUGCUGAGUCUCAUUGACAACGGCCUAGACGAUGCCGCCCUCAGCGAUGCGGUGAACAUCAUUUUGCAGCUGAUCUUCCAGUUGCCCUACAUGAGGUCCUUUGACCUGAGAAGGAACUGCUUCUCGAUCGAAGGCGUCAAGCGCAUCGAGGAGCAGUUGAGGGACAUGGAUGGCAUCACUGGAGUGAUCAAGAGCGCGGACGGAGCGAUCAAUGUCCACAGCGGGAACCAGCUCCGGAUGACUUUGCACAUCGGAGAGCAGUUGGAGAAGUCCCAGUUGGCCAAGGAGGUGGAUUUCACCGUCGAUCAGACUCUGAGCCAUGCAGAUGCCGAUCCUUUUUUGGAGACCGCAGCAUCGAGGUCGGAGCACCCCUGGACGAAGCAGCAGGCCCCCCAGCGGCCGCCGCAAAAGGCGGUGCCUGAUGUCAGCUCCGUGCCACUCGAGAAGCCCUCAGCUGCGCCUGCGGCCCCGGCCGUGGGCGGCCCUCCGGUGGGCUUGGGCGGCCCGGGGAACUUGGCAGCGCUGAACAAGAAGUUAAGCAAGUCCAAGACGGGCGGCAGCCUGCCAGACCCCAAGAAGCGGGCGAAAAACCGCGCCAAGGCCGCUCCGCCACCCAUGUUGGAGUACAUUCCAAGGGAUCAUAUGGACAAGUGGCAGGUAGCACCACCAUCGGCGAGAAUACCGCUGAGUGCUUCCGCACCGGCCUUGGAACGUCUCCGGCGGCCGCCGUCCUCGUCUCGGGAGCUCCGAGCAAAGGAGGAGCCGGAACCGCGAAGGGCUGCAGACCGAUCUCCGUUGAUACCGCAGAGGUCGGUGAAAAAGCUUCCUUCUCACGGAUACCGGUGA